AUGGGCAAGACGGGACAAGUCAAAGACAGUGAGUUGGCAGGUGCCAAGGUGAAAGACACAAAGACUGUGAAGCCCAAAGCUAAAGAAAGUGAAGCAGCACCAGCAAAGGAGAAGGCUGAGGAAACGAAGACAAAGGAUGAGAAGACACAAGCUGAGAAAGCCAAACCAAAAAAGGCUAAUGAUGAGAAGAAGGCCAUGAAGAGCAAGGAGAAUGGCAAAGAGAAGGCCUCGGCAAGUGCAAGCAGCACAGACAAAGCAGAUGAGAAGAACAAGAAAGGAAAGACAAAGACAAGCAAGGCUGAAAAGACAGGUGAGGCUGAGAAGACACACGAUGAGAAAGCCAAACCGAAGAAGGCCGAUGAUGAGAAGACUGUGAAGAGCAAGGAGGAUGGCAAAGAGAAGGCAUCAGCAAGCGCAGGCAGCACAGACAAAGCAGAUGAGAAGAACAAGACAGGAAAGACAAAGGCAAGUAAGGCUGAAAAGACAGGAGAGGCUGAGAAGACACAAGUCGAGAAAGCCAAACCGAAGAAGGCCGAUGAUGAGAAGACUGCGAAGAGCAAGGAUAAUGGCAAAGAGAAGGCAUCGGCAAGUGCAAGCAGCACAGACAAAGCAGAUGAGAAGAACAAGACAGGAAAGACAAAGGCAAGCAAGGCUGAAAAGACAGGUGAGGCUGAGAAGACACAAGAUGAGAAAGCCAAACCGAAGAAGGCCGAUGAUGAGAAGACCAUGAAGAGCAAGGAGGAUGGCAAAGAGAAGGCAUCGGCAAGUGCAAGCAGUGAAGACAAAGCAGAUGAGAAGAACAAGAAAGGAAAGACAAAGACAAGCAAGGCUGAAAAGACAGGUGAGGCUGAGAAGACACACGAUGAGAAAGCCAAACCGAAGAAGGCCGAUGAUGAGAAGACUGUGAAGAGCAAGGAGACUGGCAAAGAGAAGGCAUCGGCAAGUUCAAGCAGCACAGACAAAGCAGAUGAGAAGAACAAGACAGGAAAGACGAAGGCAAGUAAGGCUGAAAAGACAGGUGAGGCUGAGAAGGCACAAGGUGAGAAAGCCAAAGCGAAGAAGGCCGAUGAUGAGAAGACCAUGAAGAGCAAGGAGGAUGGCAAAGAGAAGGCAUCGGCAAGUGCAAGCAGCGAAGACAAAGUGGUUGAGAAGAACAAGAAAGGAAAGACAAAGGUAAGUGAGGAGGACAGGUUGCUGCCAGAGGAAGAGCGUUGGUCACAGGUUUCAAACAGUUGGAUGGCUAGGGCUUACAUGGACCCAGUUUUAAAGCAAACACCGAUGGUCAGUCAUCAGCCAACACUCCUAUCCAUCAGUUCUCAAGAGUCCCUUGCAAAGGAAGAGCCAGAUGAUGAAAAGACUACAAAAGUGGUGGCAACAGCAGGUGAAGACACAGCGGAUGAGAAGAACAAGAAAGGAAAGACAAAGGCAAGUAAGGCUGAGAAGACAGGUGAGGAUGAGAAGACACCAGAUGAGAAAGCCAAACCGAAGAAGGCCGAUGAUGAGAAGACUGUGAAGAGCAAGGAGACUGGCAAAGAGAAGGCAUCGGCAAGUUCAAGCAGCACAGACAAAGCAGAUGAGAAGAACAAGACAGGAAAGACGAAGGCAAGUAAGGCUGAAAAGACAGGUGAGGCUGAGAAGGCACAAGGUGAGAAAGCCAAACCGAAGAAGGCCGAUGAUGAGAAGACCAUGAAGAGCAAGGAGGAUGGCAAAGAGAAGGCAUCGGCAAGUGCAAGCAGCGAAGACAAAGCAGAUGAGAAGAACAAGAAAGGAAAGACAAAGACAAGCAAGGCUGAAAAGACAGGUGAGGCUGAGAAGACACAAGAUGAGAAAGCCAAACCGAAGAAGGCCGAUGAUGAGAAGACCAUGAAGAGCAAGGAGGAUGGCAAAGAGAAGGCAUCGGCAAGUGCAAGCAGUGAAGACAAAUCAGAUGAGAAGAACAAGCCAGGAAAGACGAAGGCAAGAAAGGAUGGGAAAACAGGUGAGGCUGAGGAUACACAAGGUGAGAAAGCCAAACCAAAGAAGGCCGAUGAUGAGAAGAAGGCCAUGAAGAGCAAGGAAGAUGGCAACAAGAAGGCAUCGGCAAGUGCAAGCAGUGAAGACAAAGCAAAUGAGAAGAACAAGAAAGGAAAGACGAAGACAAGAAAGGAUGAGAAGACAGGUGAGGCUGAGAAGUCUGAAGGUGAUGUUCAAACAACAAUUUCACCCAAAAGUGAAGCCAACACAGCUCAGUUGGAUGCCAACCACAAACGGAAGGAGCACCUGAAACCAGAUGGUGCUCACCUUUCCAAUCCUUCCAAUGGGCCUGACAGCAAGCGAGCCAAGCUGGAACCACCCAAGGACAAACGUGUGAAUUCAGGUUCAACGGGUUCGAGCCCUGAAAAGAAAAGACUGAAGUUCGAUUCGUCGGAUGGUGAGGAGAAUGUGGAAAAGAAGCGAGUUGAGCGUAUCAACACCAUGCCAAGCUUUGACAUUCUGGCAUCUCCAGCAACGACAUCUUCACUCAGCGAGGAGACACCCAACCGCAGUGUACCUGGACAAGGUAAGGCAAGACUGGUGAAGCUGGACCAGCAACAGAAGGAUGAGUUGAGUUCAAUGGCGUCUCCAUCAGACAUGGAGUCGUCAGAACGAAAGCGGCAAUAUGCUGCUAUGGGCCGCGCAAUCCACAAAACUUUGAACCCAGCACUGCUUGCCAAGUACCAGUUGUGCAAUGACACUGAAAGGUGGACCAUGUUGAAGCAGUGGCUCCUGAACGAUGGAAAGACUGAAGCGAUCGAUGUUGAGGAGAAAUAUGUCAGAUGGUCAGAAGAGCUCCGCAGUGAUAAAUAUAAAACAGUAACACUGCUGCAGCUGAAGCAGACCUAUGGAGACACGCCAGAGGCCCGCGAAUUCAUUGCGGAGCUCACCAAAGGUGGGGUCAGUUGGGUGUUGGGAUGGAUAAUAUGUUUCCAAAUUUAUAAUUUUUAA